CAAAUAUAAAUAUGUAUAAAAGAAGGAUUUUUUUUUCUAGCUUCUCUUUAUUGUUUUCUACAUCAAACUUUCUUUUUUCUUUUUUUUUAAAUCUUCAACAGAACUAAAAAAAAAAAUGUCAUUUCGUGCUCCUUCUCCUCCCUCAACGGGAUAUAGUAUCAUUGACAUUCGUAACUCAUGCUUAGAUAUGUUUGCUAUGGAUUCUAAACACAUUGUAAAUAAUACUGAAGAUAUUAAGCCUCCCUCUCCUCCUCAGUCUUCUGGUAUCUCUGAAGAUGCUUUCAAUAGUUCUGAUCUAGUUGAUACGAUCUUAGACUCUCUUGAUAAACCUUUAAACCACAAGUCUAUUCCUACUUUUAUUCUUUAUGAUAAAAAAGGUCUACAGUUAUUUGAUCAGAUCACUCAAUUGGAUGAUGAAUACUACUUGACUGGUGCUGAGCAUGAUAUUCUAGUGACUUAUUCUACUGAAAUAGUAGAUCGUCUUCAAGAUGGUAGUGUUAUUUUUGAACUUGGUGCUGGCUCUCUUCGUAAAACACAAGUCAUUUUGAAUGCUAUUGAGAAAAAGAAGGUGCGUGUAACAUAUUACGCUUUGGAUCUCGAUCAGCAUGAAUUAGAUCGAUCGUUAGCAUCUUUAGGUAGCUUUGAGUAUGUUGAACUCUAUGGUCUUUUAGGAACCUAUGAUCAAGGUAUCCCUUGGAUUAGCAAAAACUUUACUUCUUCUAAUAUCCAAAAGAACUUCUUAUGGAUGGGCAGCUCUAUCGGCAACCAAACACGACUUGAAUCGGCUAUGUUUCUCCGUAAGCUCAAGCGAAUGUGUAUGGAACCCGGUGACUUUUUCAUGAUUGGCUUUGACAAACGUAAUGAUGCUGCUAAAAUUGAAUUAGCGUAUGACGAUUCUCAUGGCGUUACCCGUGAAUUUAUCAUGAACGGUCUCGAUCAUGUGAACCGUAUUAUGGACAAAGAAGGCUUUUUAAACCGCGAGUUCUUUGAUUACCAUUCAAUUUAUCAAGAAAAGCAAGGCCGUCAUCUAUCCCACUAUCGUGCUUUAAAAGAUAUGACUAUCAGCUACAAGACUACUAAAAAGGAUUAUACUAUCAACAUUCAAAAGGAUGAGUUAAUUCAUGUUGAGCAUUCUUACAAGUAUUCUUUGGAGGAAAUUCAAUGUAUCUUGACUACUGCUGACCUGAAUAUGGUCGAUUAUUGGGUUGAUUCUAAGGACCAAUAUCGUCUCGUUUUGGCUGAGAAUCGUCCUUUUAUCUUUGAAUGUAAUGCGGAAAAGAUUCGUAAAGUCCUUUAUCCUCCUAACGAACUCUUUGAGCAAGAACCUAUCCAUUGCUACCACUGUAAUGAAGGUCAAUUUGAACAACCAAGUGCAACUGAAGCUGAAGAAAUUCAAUCAUUGGAUUACUGUUUGUUAAAGUCUAACAAGACUUGGCCCAUUAAGAUGCUUCCUUCUAAGCAUGAAUGGCAGGAGCUUUGGAAGUCCUGGGAUUUAGUCACUCAACAUAUGAUAGAUCAUAAAACAAUGCUCUUUGAAUGUCCUAUUGCCUUGCGUCAUCCCUUUAUUUUCUAUUUAGGCCAUAUUCCCAGUUUCUUAGAUAUUCAAAUGUCGCGCCAUCAAGUUGAUAAAGAAAUUGGAAAGACUGAUUUGACGGAACCAAAAUACUUUGCUGAUAUCUUUGAACGUGGAAUUGACCCUGACAUGGAUGAUCCUACACAGUGUCACCCUCAUUCUGAAGUACCCACUGAAGAAAACGAUUGGCCUUCAAUUGAAUCUAUUCUUACUUACCAAAAAUCUGUCCGCCAGCGCCUUCAACGUCUUUUAACUUUUUGGGAAGAUGAAGGUCUCCAGAUGCAAUCUACUGAUUGGAUAAAUAGUAAACCUGAAAGAAAACGUCAAGCUCGUAUCAUUUGGAUGUGUUUUGAACAUGAAGCGCUCCAUUUAGAAACUCUUCUUUAUAUGCUUGUUCAGAGCCCUAAUAUAUUGCCUCCCAAAGGUAUUGCCGUUCCUAACUGGAAGCUUUUGUUGCAGAAGGAUGAUACUAAUGAAACUUCAGCAAAUCAAAUUUCUCCUUUGUCUGAUGCCUCCUUCCUCAAAAUACCUUCUGGUACCGUUACAAUUGGCCAUGAUGAUUAUGAAGCAUUUGACUUAGAUGUCAACAACAAACGACACCCAGAAUUUGGAUGGGAUAAUGAAAAUCCUAAACGUAAUGUAGCCGUUGAUGCGUUCGAAAUCCAAACAAGACCUGUUACAAAUGGUGAAUACUAUGUCUACCUUCAAGAAACAAACAAGAACCAGUCUAUUCCCGCUUCUUGGAUUAGUAAGGAAAAUAACCAAAUUUAUGUAAAAACCGUAUUUGGUCUCUGCCCUCUUGUUUAUGCUCAACACUGGCCUGUUCAAAUAUCCUAUAAUGAAGCUGAAGCUUAUGCUCAAUAUAAAAAUGCUCGUCUUCCCUCUGAAUCUGAGCUUUGUCGUUUCCGUGAACACAUGACUGAGAUGUGUGUUGAGACAAACGAGAAGUGGCCUAAAUAUGGUUUCAAGAACUGGUAUCCUAGUGAUGUUGAUAAUGAAUCAAUCCAUAUAUUAGGUGAUGUCUGGGAGUGGACUAACACUAUUUGGGAUAAAUACGAUGGAUUUGAAGCUUCUAAAAUCUAUCCUGGUUAUUCGUCUGAUUUCUUUGAUGGAAAACAUCGUGUCGUUUUAGGUGCAAGCUGGGCAACUCAUCCUCGUAUUGCUGAACGUAAAACUUUCAGAAAUUGGUACCAAUCUGGAUACCCUUAUGUCUUUAGUGGAUUUAGACUUUGUCAUUAAAUCAAUCACAUAUAUUUGUAUUAUUAUUAUUAUU